UUUGAGCAGCUGUCUUUUCUCAGACAGCUGGGUUAGGCCUCUGAAUUAGUAUUCCAUUAAACCAGGGCAAGUGGUUUGUGCCCUGGAAACAGCACUGGACUGGAGUUCUGACUAUAUGGGUACUAAGAGCAGUUUCAGUCUCUUAAAUCUGUGAAAUGACUUCCUGUUUAUCAAGCCCCUUUGGAUGUAGUUCUCACAAUCCCGUGAUUGUGGUGUUAUGACCUCCACAGACCUAUUGUGAAAGCUGAGGCUUAGAGGGAUGGAGCAGCUUGAACUUAGUUCUCGCUGAGUCCAGGCUCAGGGCCCUUCUCCUGUGUGCGGAGGGGGUUGGCUGUGCAGUCAACAAUAAGGAAAAAGGCAGGACACUGAGGGCAGCUGAAAGACUUUCUCCUUUGACGAGCUGGUCCCCUGCUCCAGGGAAGGUAUAUUCCUCUCCCCACAACCCUAGAGGCACCUCUCUGGUCCACAGUGGCCCUCUUGACGCUCAGGUGAGAAUGAUGGGGACAUCUGGACAUUCAGAUCAGUAGACUCCUUGCUUAUUCAGUUGUCCUGUGAGAAACCUAGAAUCAGCUUCAGAUAUGGAUCACACAGUACAGGGGUUAAAACAAAAAAGAAAAUGAGAAUAUUAACUUCAGAUGCCUACCAGCCAGAGAUCCCAAACAGAGAAGAACUGUGCAAAGGGCUUGGUGAGGGCUGCCCUCGGGCCCAUUUUGCAGGACAAGGACGCUGUGUCACAAACAAGGUAAACAGAGGCAUGGGUGUAUUGAGGACUUGCUUGAGUGGGCCCAACAGAGACAGCCAGACUCCACACUAGUCGUCCCAGAAAAUGAAGUGGGGGGUGCUUAGGGGAGGUUGGGUCAGAGCCCCAGUCUUGGUCCUGAGAGUCCAGUGGUUCUCAUCUGGGGGUGGUGGUGUCCGCUGACCCCCAACCUGGGGGAUGUUUGGCAAUGUCUGCAGACAGUUUUGGUUGUCAACGCUAGGGCGGGGGUGGCUACCAGCAUCGGGUGGUAGAGUCAAGGGACACUGUCAAAUAUUUUACAAUGCACAGGAGAGCCCCAAACAAUAAAGAAUGACAUGGUGCAAAGGGCUGAGUUAGGGAAACCCCAUGGCAAUCCAGUCCUAGGCCUUGCCAGGAGAACUGGGGAGAUUGGGUGGCUGUGGGGAAGCCAUGGCUGGGGCAGCGGGCGCUCUGGAGGGCUGAUGCUCUGCUCUUGCUCCCAGAGGGGCUGCACAGGGGCCCACUGCCAGCUGCUCCUGGACAUCUUGUCAAGGUGUCCACCUUGCUGGGAGAGGCGUGUUCACCACAGCCAAUCCUCCCUGGAUAAUUUCAGAGAGAAGCUUAUAAAAUAUUUUAAGAGGCUGGCAAAUUACAACCUUAGAAGCACAUAAAUGCUUCCAUAAACGCCAGCUUUGCAAACCAAGCAUGUGUGGGGGCAGAGUAAGCAGGUUGCCCAAGCCUUGGGAAAGUCCACGUUUCAAGGCGGAAGACCCAGGUUUAUCUUUGGUCCCUAAUUCUCAGGUUCUUCUCUCUCGGCUUGCUUAACUAUCUGGCAGUAUUUAGCUUUUUUCUUUGUAUUCCUCCUUUGUCCAAAGAAUCUGCCAUUGGCCAUUUCUGUGACCUGUUAAGGGACCAGGAGGGUCAGAGCAGGUUGUUCUAGGGUACUGAUUUUACCCAUGAGGUUCAAAAAGCUGAUGGCCACAGAGGACACUGCCCUCCAGCUCUGCCCAGUGAUCCAAGCUCGCAGAUUCCAUAAUAGCCGGAGUCUGUGAUGAUGUGUUCAUUGACUGAGGGACUGGCUAUGAGGCACGCUGCCCUGCUGUGCCCGGUGGGCAGACAGACCAUUCUCAGCAGUGCCAUGUGAGUGCUCACACUUAUGAACCUUUGCUGGUCACAGCCAUAAACCAUCAUCAAAGACUGUCAACCUAACCUAACCUAACCUAACCUAACCUAACCUAACCUAACCAACCAACACUUCUGCAGGACCCAGUGGAUUGCAAAACACUUUCACUUCUUGUUCGAUCCUCAUAUCUGUGUGAAGCAGGUGGGACAGAAUGACGAUCUCUACUGUUCCGAUGAAAACACUGAGGUUCCCAGGGAGGAAGUGGUCCCCUGUAGCACAGGGCAAAUUAGUAGCAGAGCCAGGAUUUGAACUAGGUCUCCUGUCCCUAAAUUCUGGGUACCCAGACUUGACCCCAGUUGUGUGGGGAAGCAGUGGGGCAAGGAAGUAGGAUUUGGUGUCAGAGAGACCUGGUUUCAGAACCACGCUCUGCCAGUCACUUCCUGUUCACCCUGAGCAAGCUAUUAAACCAUUCAGAGCCCCAGUUUCCACACUGGUAAAAAUGAAGAUAAAAUCAGCCACCUCCUAGGAUUGUUACGAGGUGUAAUGAAGUAACAAUGAGCCUGGUACAUCACAGGUGCUCCCUGAAUUUUUAGUUCCUUUGCUCUCUUUUACCAUCCCAGCAGCCCAGGCAGGGGUGAGCAGCUAUGAGGGCUGGCGGCAGUGGAUGGGGGUGACAAGGGACAGACGAGGCUCCCCAGGGGAAGGGAGAUGGAGAGAGCAGGAACCAAAUGUCAUUCGUGCAGCCACUCCCAAUUUAUGGGAUCUGGUGCAGAGACUCUUUGAAGAGGCAAUAAAACUCAUAUUCUGCUAGGAAAUGACAACAGUGGAGUGUCCUGACUUAGCAAACCAAAUUCAACAAUUCGAUUUUUUUUUUUACAAGGCAUGGGGUUCUGGAUGGGUAGCAAAAAUGACACUGUAAUGAGAUUAGCUUUCUGGGAUAGGAAUAGGCUUUCCCAAGAGCAAGAGAUGUGUACCAUGCCAACACCCCAUGGAGAGUGUAUAUAAAUGUUCCACAGAGGCCUUGAGAGUCCAGAACCCGAGCUCCUUGCUAAGCUGCAACCUUCCUCUGCUAGCACCAUGGCCACCCAGACCUGCACCCCGACCUUCUCCACUGGGUCUGUCAAGGGCCUCUGUGGCACAGCAGGCGGCAUCUCUCGGGUGUCCUCCAUCCGCUCUGUGGGCUCCUGCAGGGUCCCCAGUCUCGCCGGUGCCGCGGGGUACAUCUCUUCUGCUAGGUCGGGCCUCUCUGGCCUUGGGAGUUGCUUGCCUGGCUCCUACCUGUCUUCUGGGUGCCACUCCUCUGGCUUUGUGGGGAGCGGGGGCUGGUUCUGCGAGGGCUCCUUCAAUGGCAGCGAGAAGGAGACCAUGCAGUUCCUGAAUGACCGCCUGGCCAACUACCUGGAGAAGGUGCGUCAGCUGGAGCGGGACAACGCGGAGCUGGAGAGCCGCAUCCGGGAGUGGUAUGAGUCUCAGAUCCCAUACAUCUGCCCAGACUACCAGUCCUACUUCAAGACCAUCGAAGAUUUCCAGCAGAAGAUCCUGCUGACUAAGUCUGAGAAUGCCAGGCUGGUCCUGCAGAUUGAUAAUGCCAAGCUGGCCGCUGACGACUUCCGGACCAAGUACGAGACAGAGCUGUCCCUGCGGCAGCUGGUGGAGGCCGACAUCAACGGCCUGCGUAGGAUCCUGGAUGAGCUGACGCUGUGCAAGGCUGACCUGGAGGCUCAGGUGGAGUCCCUGAAGGAGGAGCUGAUGUGCCUCAAGAAGAACCACGAGGAGGAAGUCAAUGUGCUCCGUUGUCAACUUGGGGAUCGACUAAAUGUGGAGGUGGACGCUGCUCCCCCAGUGGAUCUCAACAAGAUCCUGGAGGAUAUGAGAUGCCAGUACGAGGCACUGGUGGAGAAUAACCGCAGAGAUGUGGAGGCCUGGUUCAACACCCAGACCGAGGAGCUGAACCAGCAGGUGGUGUCCAGCUCGGAACAGCUGCAGUGCUGCCAGACGGAGAUCAUCGAGCUGAGACGCACGGUCAACACCCUAGAGAUUGAGCUGCAGGCCCAGCACAGCAUGAGGAAUUCCUUGGAAUCCACUCUGGCGGAAACUGAGGCCCGCUACAGCUCCCAGCUGGCCCAGAUGCAGUGCCUGAUCAGCAACGUGGAGGCCCAGCUGUCUGAGAUCCGCUGCGACCUGGAGCGGCAGAACCAGGAGUACCAGGUGCUACUGGACGUCAAGGCCCGGCUGGAGGGCGAGAUCGCUACCUACCGCCGCCUACUGGAGGGAGAGGACUGCAAGCUUCCUUCCCCACCUUGUGCCAUGGCAUGCAAGCCUGCUAUUAGAGUUCCUUCUGUCCCCCCGGUGCCCUGUGCCCCUGCUGUGCCCUGCACCUCGGCUCCCCAGGUUGGCACUCAGAUCCGCACGAUCACCGAGGAGAUCAGAGAUGGGAAAGUCAUCUCCUCCAGGGAGCACGUGCAGUCCCGCCCGCUGUGACAGUCCACUUCGUCCACCAGGGCAGGGCCCCGACCACGGAAGGAGGACACCCCUGUGGCUUCUGGCUGCUUAAUGACCCUGCCCUUCCCUAGAGGGGUCCCCCUACGCUUAGCAGGUUAUUCUACUAAAAAUACUCCCCGUAUUGUGUUUCUGGACUUAACUGUGCUUUUACGCCAUGCAAAACCAGGUUUCCUGGAAAUUUACCCAAUAAAGUGUGUUCUCCUGGCAUAGCAAACUCAA